AUGCCCAACCCACAGCAGCCGGGUUUUCAAAAUCCAUUGAUUCAGAAAAAUACGAACAAUACAGAACGCACAGCAUCUAGUAGAUCGGACAAAUUGAGACGAGAUUUAGAAAUAUGUAAGGACCCCUCCCCAAGACCGAAGCAGCGGAAACUGUCUGAAUCCAAUAAGAUAAAGGGCACUCCCCGAAGAGAAUUAAAUGAGGAGAUAUGUAUGAAAGGUAAAAUCGAACAAAACAAACGCUUCAAUGACGCAAUGAAGUUAAGAGGAAACCUUAGUCAAGAUGAAUAUCCAGUCAAUCAAGCUAAGAGAACACCAAGAAGACAAGGAGACAGUAUAAAUCAGUCCAGGAACAGAAAAUCUGAACAAUCUGGGAAGUUUCGUCCCACAGAAAGGGCUAAGGGGGAGGUCACUCAAUACACAAAAACAGCACAACAGAAUCUUUUUUGA